GUCUUUGGUGUCACAUAGAGUUUUUGCAUUGAAAGAAAUCUGUUUAGUAUCUUAUUGUCUGCAUUUUUUGUAUUGUUUUUUAUAAUAAUAAUAUAAUAUUAAUGUAAAAUUAGCAAUUGUGUGAAUACUUGGAAGAAUUCAAACGAGCAAAGUAUAAGGAUUUUUAUCUCGAAUAGUUCUAGCGUUUCAAUAAAGUCAGGAUAAUAAUAUCCUAGUGACAAAUGCUUAUAGCAGAGCUCUCGUAUACAUAAAAUAUUUACAUAUAUAUACAUACAUUUAUAAUAAAAAAUUAAAUAAAAAUCAUUUGUAUUUUUAAUUAUUAAAUAUACAAUUGAAUAAUGAUAAAGUGCUUGUGUAUUUAUGCGAACAAAAAUUGAAGUAUUCAAAUUAUAAAACAACCAAUUAAGAAAUAGCAUUUUACUGUUCGUAAAAGGAGUGGUACCUGUGUAAUUAUUCUUUAAAAAUGUCUGGAAAUUGUUUGGGUGGUGCUGAGAUGUCUCUUCCCGCUGAGAUAAGAGAGAAGUUAGCUGAACUUGAUUUAGAAUUAUCAGAAGGAGACAUUACACAAAAGGGAUAUGAAAAGAAAAGGGCAAAAUUACUACAACCCUAUUUCUCAAAGUUAACUGAAGUGGAAGAAACACCGAAUAAGGCCUCACCACCUUAUUAUAAUAUUAAAGACUCACAUUCGGAAAAUAACAAGGUUGUUCGAGAUGGCGCAUUAAUUUCAAAUGAGGGAUAUAGUUAUGUUUCCGAAGUGCCAUCCCUUCCAUCUUCACACCAAAGACAUUCCAAUUUAUCAAAAAAACCAGAUUACUAUCAACCCGACGAUAAUGAACCUGAACAUGGUUAUGAAAAUAGUCGUGUACGUAGAACUCAUCGUAAAAUAACCCACAAUGAGAAGCGAUAUCAUUCAGAGGUUCGCCAGGAAGCUGUCCAACAAGCACUUGCUGCCUUGAAAACUAGAUCUAAACCAAAUUUACCAAUGCCAUCUAAAAGAAGUUCGGUUCUUAAUAAGAGUCCUGAACGGGCCAAUGAGGAUACAGAGUCGUCAACUGGCGAUGAAUCUAUUCCAGAAGAGAUAAUAUCUCCAGACAAAGAAUACAAUUAUCCUCGAGACCAUGUUGGAAACAUGGUUGAACAGAACAUAAGACCACCAAUACGAGAGUCAUCUAAAGGAAUAGCUUCUGGUAAAAAUAGUCAACCUGAACGUAGACAAAAACAGGCAUUGCCGCCAUUGCCCAUAUCCGAUGUAAGUUGUAUGGAAUCUUCAAUAUCAGGAUUUCGAAAGGAUAAUUGUGACUAUUUGGACAACAUGGACCCUCCAAAAUCUUAUGCGGCACCAGAUAUAACUCAGUUCAACAAUACUCGUCGAGCUGCGGAUAGGGUUACUCGAUAUGUCAAUAUUUCUCAAACAGAUGUUAAUGAAGACAGCAAUGGAAAAUGGAAAGUUUCUGCUAAAAUUCAACAAUUGCUCAAUACACUUAAACGUCCUAAACGACGUCCACUUCCCGAAUUUUAUGAAGACAACGAUAUCGAACUUGAAAUUGCAGCAAACCCUAAAGAUCCGAAUGCUCCAAAACCUGAAGGAAGUACUAUGAGUUCUGUACAAGGUGAACAAUUAUCAGUAUCAGCAAGUUUGCCUCGUUCUCUAGAGGCAGCUGUCCAACGCUUUGGCAUAAAUUCUUUUAAGUCUCCUAUGGCUACAGUUGUCGAUCCCAAUGGAAAGAUAACGACUACUUUAACGUAUGGUAAACUUUUAUCCAGAGCACAAAAAAUCGCAUAUGCAUUAUCUACGAAAAUAUUCAGUAAAGGUCCCGAACAAGUGACUUUAAAACCUGGUGACAGGGUAGCUUUAGUUUAUCCUAAUAAUGAUCCAUUAAGUUUUAUAACAGCAUGGUACGGUUGCAUGUUUCGGGGACUAGUUCCACUUCCUAUUGAAUUACCUUUAUCAAGUUCUGAUACUCCGCCGCAACAAGUUGGUUUUCUUCUGAGCUCAUGUGGAAUUACCGUGGCACUUACGUCGGAAGCUUGCUUAAAAGGUCUACCUAAAUCAAGUACCGGAGAAAUCGCUAAACUCAAAGGAUGGCCUCGUUUACAGUGGUUUGUUACAGAGCAUUUGCCUAAACCACCAAAAGAUUUUACUGUUGGAAAUAUGCGUGUAGAAGACACAGCGACUGCAUAUAUAGAGUAUACCACUGAUAAGGAAGGAAGUGUUAUGGGGGUAAGCGUUACAAGAUUAGCAAUGAUGAAUCACUGCCGAGCUCUUACUAUGGCAUGUCACUACACAGAAGGUGAAACAAUGGUAUGUGUUUUAGAUUUUAAACGCGAAGUUGGCCUUUGGCAUGCUGUUUUCACUUCAGUAUUAAAUGGGAUGCAUGUAUUGUUUAUACCGUACGCACUAAUGAAACUUAGGCCAUCCUCUUGGAUGCAGUUAAUUACAAAGCACAGGGCAUCAUGCUGUCUAGUCAAAAGCCGAGACUUACAUUGGGGUCUCUUAGCAACAAAAGAUCACAAGGAUAUAUCGCUAUCAUCACUGCGAAUGCUUUUAGUAGCUGAUGGAGCAAACCCUUGGUCGCUGUCGUCGUGUGAUCAGUUUUUAAACGUUUUUCAAUCAAAAGGAUUGAGAGCAGAUGCUAUUUGUCCUUGUGCUAGUAGUUCAGAAGUUUUUACGGUAUCUCUUCGUCGUCCUGGCAGAUCUUCAAGUGGUUUUAAUCAGUCUGCAACCGGAAGAGGUGUACUCUCCAUGGCAGCUCUUUCGCACGGUGUUGUACGAGUGGAUAGUGAGGAUUCUUUAACAUCUCUAACACUUCAGGAUUGUGGACAAGUAAUGCCUACGGCAACAAUGGUAGUAGUGAGAUCUGAUGGUAAUCCAGUUCUCUGUAAAACAGAUCAAGUUGGAGAAAUAUGUGUUACGAGUGGAUCAACUGGCUCCAGUUAUUUUGGUUUAGAAGGUUUAACAAAUACCACAUUUAAGGUGCAGCCUCUUUUAGAGGAGCCUGAACCCGAAAAGGAUGGUGUCAUUGGAAAACUAAAACCAGUUAGUGAUGAAUAUUAUGUCCGUUCCGGCCUUUUAGGAUUUUUAGGUCCUGGUGGACUUGUAUUCGUAUGUGGUUCACGUGAUGGGUUAAUGACUGUAACUGGCCGUAAACAUAAUGCCGACGAUAUAAUCGCAACCGUUCUCGCUGUAGAACCGAUGCGCUUUAUUUAUAGAGGAAGAAUAGCAGUGUUUAGCAUAAAAGUGUUAAGAGAUGAACGAGUUUGUGUAAUAGCAGAACAACGACCUGACUGUUCAGAAGAAGAAAGUUUUCAGUGGAUGUCAAGAGUUUUGCAAGCUGUGGAUUCAAUACAUCAAGUCGGAAUUUACUGCUUAGCACUGGUUCCUCCAAAUCAUUUACCUAAGACCCCACUGGGAGGAAUAAAUCUUUGCGAGGCACGGCGAAGAUUUUUAGAUGGUACUUUGCAUCCCGCAAAUGUUCUGAUGUGUCCUCAUACAUGUGUAACAAAUUUGCCAAAACCUAGAGAAAUUCAUCAAGGUGUGCAAUCUACCGCAAAACUAAGUUCAUCUGGAUGUGGUAUUACAGACACUUCCGUGGGACCUGCUUCAGUCAUGGUUGGAAAUUUAGUGCAAGGAAACCGACUUGCUAUUGCUCAUGGACGUGAUCUUGGAUUAUCUGAGGAUAACGAAAGAAAGCAUCAAUUAAUUACUAGCGUUCUUCGAUGGAGAGCAACUACCUCACCAGAUCACGUGUUGUUCACUCUUUUAAAUUCAAAAGGUUCAAUCGCGAAAACGCUUACAUGUUCAGAAUUACAUAAGAGGGCAGAAAAAAUAGCAGCUCUUUUGCAAGAAAAAGGGAAAAUUGAGCCAAAUGAUCAUGUUGCAUUAAUCUUUCCUCCAGGGUUGGAUUUACUGUGUGCUUUUUAUGGAUGCCUCUAUUUAGGUGCUGUACCAAUUACCAUUAGACCACCACAUCCUCAAAAUUUAAUUACCACUCUUCCAACUGUUAGAAUGAUUGUCGAUGUUUCAAAAAGUGUAAUAGUUCUGUCUAUACAGUCUAUUAUUAAACUUUUAAAAUCUCGAGAAGCAGCCGUUUCCAUAGAUCCGAAAACAUGGCCUCCAAUUCUUGACAUUGAUGAUAACCCAAAGCGAAAAUUAUCGUGCAUUGCUAAUUCUCCUUUAGAUUCCACUGCGUAUUUAGAUUUUAGUGUAUCUACGUGUGGCAGAUUAAGCGGAGUUAAUAUUAGUCAUCGAUCUCUUUCUAGCCUUUGUGCCAGUUUAAAAUUAGCCUGUGAGUUGUAUCCAUCGCGACAUGUUGCCCUCUGUUUAGAUCCAUACUGUGGACUAGGGUUUGCAAUGUGGACACUAAUUGGAGUUUACAGUGGUCAUCAUUCCAUAUUAAUCGCCCCAUAUGAAGUUGAAUCUAACCCUAGUCUUUGGCUCUCAACCCUCUCACAGCAUAGAGUGCGUGAUACUUUUUGUUCUUAUGGUGUAAUAGAGUUGUGUACAAAAGCUUUAAGUAAUUCAAUCCCACUCUUGAAGCAGAGAAAUAUUGACUUAAGAUGUGUUCGUACAUGCGUGGUCGUAGCAGAGGAAAGACCACGCGUACAAUUAACUCAACAGUUUUGCAAACUAUUUCAGGCUUUAGGCUUGAACACACGAUGCGUAUCAACCUCAUUUGGUUGUCGAGUUAAUCCAGCCAUAUGUGUACAAGGAGCUAGUUCUGCGGAAAGCGCACAAGUAUAUGUAGAUCUACGAGCUCUAAGGAAUAAUAGAGUUGCACUAGUGGAACGAGGAGCCCCUAACUCACUUUGUCUAAUAGAAUCUGGAAAGUUACUACCAGGAGUAAAAGUAAUUAUUGCUAAUCCUGAAACAAAAGGACAUUGUGGUGACUCACAUUUGGGUGAAAUUUGGGUGCAAUCACCUCAUAACGCAAAUGGAUACUACACUAUAUAUGGUGAUGAGACAGAUUACAAUGAUCAUUUCAACGCGAAACUUGUAACUGGGUCAACUACUGAAGUUUAUGCAAGAACUGGAUAUUUGGGAUUUUUAAGACGAACAGAAUGUUCGCAAUCUGCGUCUAUUUUAGAUGAAACUACUCCAAGCAUAGCAAGCCGAGAUAGUGAUAACGAUUCACUGAAUUCAUUAAAUCAGUCCCAUGCUAAUUUGGCAUCAAACACAAUUCAUUUAGGAGAAACACAAUCUAAUGAUCAAGAGCAACAUGAUGCCGUAUACGUAGUGGGGGCUCUUGAUGAAGUUAUAGCAUUACGUGGUAUGAAUUAUCACCCCAUUGACGUUGAAAAUUCAGUUUUAAGAUGUCACAAAAAAAUAGCAGAAUGUGCUGUGUUUACAUGGACAAAUUUACUGGUAGUUGUUGUAGAACUAGAUGGAAAUGAAUCGGAAGCUCUUGAUCUAGUUCCCCUUGUCACAAAUACUGUAUUAGAAGAACAUCAAUUAAUAGUUGGAGUCGUAGUUGUCGUGGAUCCAGGUGUUGUCCCAAUUAAUAGCAGGGGAGAAAAGCAACGAAUGCAUCUACGUGACGGAUUUUUAGCUGAUCAAUUAGAUCCAAUAUAUGUUGCUUAUAAUAUGUAAAUAAAAUAUUUUAUAAAAUUAAUAUAUAGUAAUUCCAUUAUUUAUAUACUUUCCACAAAAAAAAUCAUGCAUACAUAUAUACGUACUAACUCAUAAAUUAACAAAUUAUUAAUUAUUGAAUAUGCCAGCAUAUUUAUACGAUGCAAUAAAAAUUAAAAGAAAAAUGUAGUUCAAAAA